UCGGGUUAAAAAAAAAAAAUGGCAUUUUGUUGUUUCUUCUUUCCCGAUCCUCUCUCUUUUCUCUCUCGAUUCGGAUCGGCUUCCAAUGACUAGAUUCAUUUUAAAGUGUGUUACGUACCGUUCGUUUUUUUUAUCUUUUCUUCGAUCUGGUUUGGAAGAUCUUUUUUUGUAGAUGAAACUCUGAAUAGAAGACAAACGUUUUCCAAAUCUGGUGUGUUUUUUUUUUGCGGUGGUAUGGUAGUAAUCUUGCGAAUUCCAGAUCCUUCUUUCUUGAAUCAUAGUUUACUUGCUUGUAUGAUUGUUGUCUUGUGUGUGUUUCUUGCAAAGCGUUAUCAUUUGUUAUAAGAUGGAAUCUGUAUAUACAUCAACAUGUUUUCAAUUUCUCAACCUAAAGUUUCCCGAAUUGGUAUUGAGAUGUUUCAAUACGAGAGAUUAUUCAAUUGCUAAUUCUUCUUGUUUGUUUGUUUCUCUUGUGAUAUUGCAGAGAUUUUGUAGGCUGAAACAGGGCGAAGUAAACUAUUAGACUUGCUAUGCUAGAAAUAAGCGGUGUAGCAAAAGACUGAUCUUGGUGAAUGGUGCCUAUAUGAAUCACAUAAGUUGCAGGUUGUCAAUGAAUCUCUGAAAUGGUGCCUAUAUGAAUCAUAAGUUGCAGGUUAUCAAAGGUAAUGACAGAAAAAGGGUAGCUACACAGUAAGCAAGAAACUAAAAAAGUCAAAGAUGGUGGUAAGAAGGUUAAGAAACAGUCUUUCAAGAGUUGAUUGUGACAAUCUGCUGCACAUUUGCUUCGGUGAGUGCAAGAUGAGCUUCCAGGGGCAAGUAAUAGUAGUGCCAGCUUUCCAGAAAAGAAAAGAGGUGAGAGAGAUCAUACAACCUCAAAUGGUUCCAAAUACUACUUAAGCUAAUCCCAAGAUCAGAAGUGGUUUAAUAAGUGUGACUAUCAAAGGACCUAUAUCGGCAAUGAAAAUUUCCUUUUUGUUAUGAAAUAAGUGUGAUUAUCCAUCACCACAUAUCUUCCAUCUUAAUGACACAUAUUUCUUUGUUUUUAUGGUGUAACACUUGUUCACCACUUCACCACUUGUCCUUCACAUUUGUACACCAUGAGUCAUCAUAGUCUUAUCACUAGUAUAUAUAGAGGUUAUGUAUGUGAGAAGAAUGAAGAGAGAUAUAGAGAUAAUAAGAAGAAGAAUAAGAAAUGUGUUAAUGUUGCUUUUCCUCACUCUCUCUUCUCUCAGGUAUAUCAUAUGACUCCACUUUCACAAAAGAAAAAGAACACCCCAAGAGAAAGAAGAUCAAUCGGAGCGAUGAGUACUCAACACGUGAACCUGUUCGUUCCUUCAUUUGAAAUGGAUCAAGAGGAAGACGUUGCACGCAAGACGACGGAGAAUGGAGGCAUCGGUGGUGGUGUCUGGAGGUUCAAAGGCAACAAAGCGGCCAAGGAAGCAGCUAGUGUCUCGAUGAAAGGUACUCUUUCUAGGUUAUUCGACUGCUGCAGCAAAGACGUUGAAAAGAGUAUUUUGCCCCUGGGUCACGGCGACCCUUCCGUGUACCCUUGCUUCGACACUUCAGUUGAUGCCGAGGAGGCGGUGGUUGAAUCCUUACGGUCUGGCUCCGCCAACUCUUAUGCCCCGGGGGUCGGUAUUUUACCGGCCAGGAGGGCGGUUGCAAAUUAUCUGAACCGGGAGUGGGACCUUCCACGUAAGAUGAAAUCAGAUGACAUAUUUAUGACGGUGGGGUGUUGCCAAGGGAUAGAGACAUUGUUUCAUGCCCUCGCUGGACCAAAGGCCAAUAUCUUGAUCCCGACUCUAAUAUAUCCCCUCUACAACAGUUACGCAAUUCAUAGCCUAGUGGAGAUUCGCAAGUACGAUCUCCUUCCCGAUCUAGACUGGGAGAUAGAUCUUCAAGGCGUCGAAGCCUUAGCAGACGAAAACACCAUUGCUAUGGUGAUAAUUAAUCCUCACAACCCAUGUGGAAAUGUCUAUACAUAUGAACAUCUAAAGAAGGUAGCUGAGGUGGCUAGAAAGCUAGGAAUAAUGGUGAUUUCUGAUGAAGUUUAUAAUAGAACUAUUUAUGGAGAGAAUAAAUUUGUCCCAAUGGGGAUAUUUUCAUCUAUUGCUCCUGUGAUUACAUUGGGGUCCAUAUCCAAGGGAUGGCUCGUCCCGGGGUGGCGGAUUGGUUGGAUCGCAAUUAAUGAUCACGACAACGUUUUUAAAACCACCAGGGUCGUUGAAUCCAUCAAGGAACAUCUCAACAUAAGUCCAGAUCCAUCAACAACUCUACAGUUUGCACUUCCAAACAUCUUGGAGAAGACGAAGAAAUCUUUCUUCGAAAAGAAUAAUUCGAUCCUACGUCAAAACGUAGAUUUCGCAUUUGAUGCUCUCAAAGACAUUCCUUGCCUCACCUGCCCCAAGAAACCCGAGUCGUGUACUUACUUAGUGACAAAAUUGGAUCUAUCCCUCUUGGAGGACAUCACGAAUGAUUUUGAUUUCUGCAUACAGCUGGCCCGAGAGGAGAAUCUCGUCCUUCUACCUGGGGAGGUACUAGGACUAAAGGAUUGGGUGAGACUCUCGAUCGCAGUGGAGAGGUCGAUGCUAGAAGAUGCUUUCGUGAGGCUCAAAGGCUUCUACGCUCGCCAUAUUAAAACACAACUCACUUGAAAAACUCAGCAUC